AUGGUCCACGACACGACUCAGACUCCUCGUAUUAAGGCUCGUGAUAAUUAUUCCUCUUGCUCUUCACAAGCUUCUUUCUCACAGUUUUUCUUUCUCACAGUUUUCUUCAGUUAAAAGAUGAAUGAAAGAUCGAGAUGCAUUGUCGCGAAAUCUCUAACACUAGUGCCUCCACUUCGCUCCGCUCGGGAAACAUCUUCAAAUGUAUCUUCCGCUCGCCGUUAAAGCCUGCUGCGGAGUUCUUCUUGUCGAAAACAGUUGGCUCCUCCAAAUUAAGAGCCCGGUCGAGUAGUGCAACCGCCACAUCAUCGACGACUACUACAACCCCGAAAGCGCCGACCAGGAUGAAACAAGUACGGUCAUUACGAAGGUGUAGUUGACGUUUGUUGUCCGUUGUGACAGCUCAACAUAGAGAUGAGAGAUAUUUCAGCUACAGCAAAAGAUAGUGACGGUAAAAGCUUGAGAUAAAUUUCAAACAUUCAUCAUCGCGUCAUCGAGGAGAAGGUAUAUCGCUCCCAAUUAGAGUCUCUAAUACUCAUUCCCGCCACACCUAAAGCUGUUUCAACA